GGCAACCCGGAACACCUGCCGGUGGACGCCUGCUUUGCACCCAACAGUCAGUUUGUCAUCUCCACCUCACCCACUGACGGCUUCCUGCACAUUUGGGCCCUGGAGACCGGCGGUGGUGCUCUGGUCGCCAGCCUGCCUAGCUUCGAGGCAGCCAGUCAGAUGGCCAAUCCCACUCUGCAUUGUGUCCUCUUUAAUCCGCGUUUCGCUAUGCUUGCCACCGGAUCUCAGCAGACCUCCUUCUGGCUGCCAAACAUAGACGAAUGA